AUGGAUCCCCACUCGGAGAAAGACGUCGCGAUCGUGAGAAACCCCCCAGCUGCCCCUAUCAAGAGCGAGGAGGUCCAGGCACCAGAGUCAGCAUCAGCAACAAACCCCGCCGAGGAUGCUAAGAGUAGAGAUCGAGUCGAGACCACCAAGAAGUCGCCAAAGAACAAGUGCAGCAAGAAACAUGCCAAGACAAAGAAGUCCAAGAAGUCUAAGAAGGAGGUUCUGACCGACAGCUCUUCAUCUGAUUCAAGUGGGCCCGAGGCUGAGGAUGUAGCCUCCUCCUCCGACAGCAGCUCCAGCGAUUCCGAUUCCGAACCAGAAGACAAGAAGAAGAAAUCGUCGAAGAAACGACUGGACAUUCAAAAGUCCAAGAAGAAGGCCAAACCCAAGAAAGUCAAGAAGCCAGUCAAGGUGCAAGUGACCCCGACAUCGGAUUCAGAGUCGCCCUCGGACACUUCUGAUUCGGACGAGGUCGAUGAUAUUGUUGACAGCGAUCAACAGCGCAACCAGCAAGAUCUCGUGCGUCAAAUGCAACUCAUGCAACUGGGUCAUCCAUACCAGUACCAGAGCAAUGCAGGUCUACCUAACAGCAUGCCCCCGACAAUUUACGACCCUCCCGCAAUCUACAAUAGGCUACCCCCGAUCGGGGGUCGACCACGACGAGCCGGACAUCCACAGGCCCGUCGGCUUGGACUCGGAAUUGACCCUAACCUCCCCAUCAUAAGAGACGGCAAGCAGCUGCACAAUGGGAAGCAAAAACGAAAGGCGCCACGGCUUGACUACAAACGUGUGGACCAAGUUUGGGACAACAGCAUCCACAACUACAAACUUCAAGACACUGCCGAGGCCACGGCCGAGAACCUUUACGAAGACUACCUUUUCCACGUUCGCCGGAAUUUUGACUGGGAGGGCAAAUACAAGGCGACAUACAUCGAUAUCAAGAGCAAGCUGUUGCGUGAAUGUCUCCAGGAUGUGAUGGGUAAUAUCAAGGGGGUUAGUCUCGUGGAAGAUACCCCCAAGUUGGAUCCCAACAUGCUCUUCUUAUACCUUGAAGAGUUCCGCAACUAUCUAAAAGAUCUGAAGAAGACAAAGCCAUUGGGCAAUGACAAGCACGAGCGAAAGAAACAACAGAAGUGCAUUGAUGGCAAGCGGCAACACCUCAAGGUUCUCGUCAAGUACAUUGACAAGGACUACGAUCAAGUCAAGAGCAGCUUGUAUCCUAUGCUUCAGAACGGUCUUAUCACUUUUGACUUGCUCUGGGCUCUUUGGAAGCCCAAUACGCUUGCCUACACUACCACUUACGGCUCGCACGAUGAGCCUCGUGUUUUCAAAGUUGAAAUGGCCGAGAAACAUCACACAAUUAUAAAGGGGGACUUCUACUAUAUUGAGGGCAAGUACUUCGAGUUUGACGGCAAGCAAUUCGGUUAUGGCAGCAUGUCAGAGGAGAUGGGCGACUUCCGUGGCGCACGCAAGAUCACCAGUCUAAAUUGCUACCCGUUGAUGUACCACAAAAACUCCGCCCAGCUCCGAAACGAUCUUAUUGAACGAGGCAAGAAAUUUGUAGCGCUCAGUGGGGUUCACUACAAGAGUCACCAAGGCAUGGCAUACUACAAGAAGAAGAAGUCGGUUAUCAAGGUCAACAUCAAUGGCAGAAUUAUGGUGGAUCCUAAUGUUCAUCGACGCAUCAACCCCAACUACCCUAUUUCCCUUGUGCGGCCCAAAGACCACGAUGUCUUGUCAGAGGAUGAUGACUCGGACGGCGAGUCGGCAUGUUGUUGUGGUCUCGAUUCCGACACUGGUGGCAAUGAAGCUGGCCUGGGCGACGAAGAGAAGACUAAAUAUGUCACAAAACUCUACACAGAUGACAAGGGCAGAGUUCAGUUGGUUCGCAUGACUAAGGAAGAGGCAGAUGAGCUCAAGGAGAAACUCGACGAAGUUCAAAGCAAGGACGGGGAGUCCGCCGAUGCCGCUGAAGAUACACCCAGUGAAGAGCAGAGCGAGAAGAAACCACCAGAGUUUAGUGACGAGGAGUAUCUUAUCGCAUCACCUGUCGUGCUGGGCUUCGCAUUCGCAGAGAAGAUGUGGCUCGAAUUCACUGUAUCAGGGGUCAAGGAAAUCCAGUGGAAUGAGACUGCAUACGACUCUCUGGUUCUCGAGCGCAAGACAAAAGACAUUGUGAAGGCUCUGGUCGAGUCUCACAAGUACCAUGCUGCAGAGAGUAUCGAUGAUGUGAUCCAGGGUAAAGGAAGAGGUCUCGUUGCUGUCCUCCAUGGUCCUCCGGGUACUGGGAAAACUCUGACUGCCGAGGGUAUCAGCGAGCUGCUCAAGUGCCCGCUCUACAUGGUCUCGGCUGGUGAGCUGGGCACCGACUCACGCUUCCUCGAGCAAGAGCUGCAGAAGAUUCUUGACAUCUGCCAUGCCUGGGGCGCCAUCCUCCUUCUCGAUGAGGCGGACGUCUUCUUGGAGAAGCGAAACAUGCAUGACAUCCACCGGAACGCUCUUGUCAGCAUCUUCCUCCGCCAGCUAGAGUACUUUCAGGGCAUUCUGUUCCUGACGACGAAUCGCGUCGAGACCUUCGACGAUGCUUUCCAGUCUCGAAUUCAUAUUGCUCUCCGAUACGAUAACCUUGACCGCAAGGCGAAGAAGACCAUAUUCAAGAUUUUCAUCGAGCGCGUUCGUGUCUUGGAGAAGAUCGAUCUCAUGCCCUUCACUGAGGAUGAUUACGAUCAGCUCGCUAGGCACGAGCUCAACGGUCGCCAAAUCAAGAACACUGUGCGGGCAGCUCAGGCACUUGCUGUUAACAAGGGAGAGCCGUUGGCUAUGAGCCACAUCCGCCAGGUCUUGGAGGUGCAGAUGCGGUUUGAUCGAGACUUGAAGGGUGGCACGGGCUAUGAGGAUGCCAUGAGGGGGUAUUUCUAA